GCAAAUCAGGCUGGGUUUUUCCCCCAUGAUGCAGGUGAUGCAGGGUCUACGCCCUCCGAGAUUAAAAAGAGCCCCACGUGUUGUGUGGCUUUACACUCUACUCAAUAGCUAACCACAGAUAUACUGUAUAUCAUCUGCCCUGUCCUUCCAGACAUGGAGCCCAAACGUAUCGCAGUGCUUGUGUUCGUCUGCAUCGUUUGUGUCGCUAAAGCCGACGUGCCGCAGCCAACAGCUCUGGAGUACAACAUGACGUCCACCGACUGCGGAAUCGCUAAACUGUGUUGGUCGAAUGUACCUAAUUGUGAUCCUUUAGAAAACUCCACCUGCUUUUUCACUUCCAUUCAACUGAACAGCCAAACUGUGUUCUUUGAACUUAGUGGCUGGACUUCUGGAUACGUGGCACUGAAACUCGCUGCCAUUAACCAAACCGAGGUAGGCGACGUGGUGUUUGUCUGCGCCAACAACAACACUGCUAUCGGCACUUUCUUUUUUGAAACUGCUUCACAAAACGGCACGAACUCUGUGUCCACCAUUGACUCUGUUCAAGGUGCUCUAAAACAAAACGACAGCCUUAUUCAGUGCUCCUUCACCACCACCUCCAAUCUCACCAGCAACUCGUUCGGCAACUUGACCUUGACUAACACAACCACCGUUUUCUUGGCCAUCAUGACUGGAAGCACAAACGGAACACAACUAGGAGAACCAACCGUGGUAUUUAACAGCACCGUAACGUUAGACCUGUAUAAUAGCAACAGCCAAAUGACAACACAGAUCCCCAUGACUACGGCAAACAGCGGCAACUCGCUAGUCAGCUUCUGUACUCAAGGGUUGGCUGUGAUUCUCAGUGCCAUGAGCCUCGACUUCAUCACUUCACACAGUCCAUGAAGUAUAAAUGUGUGUGUGUGUGUGUGUGUGUGUGUGUGUGUGUGUGUGUGUGUGUGUGUG